AUGUUCCGACUCCGUCGAUAUCGCGUAUUCCUGAUAUGCGCCUUCGUCAUCACCGUCCUGCUGUACCACGUCUCCAAGAAUUCACAAUGGGAUAGGACGCAAGAGAUAUGGCAUACCAGCACAAGACAUCGGGAGACAAAGGUCGAGACGAAACCGGCCGAGAAAGCCCAGGCGCCCGUUGUUGCCAAACCGCCCGUUGUCAAGGAAGAUCCAGCAGUAGUGGAGGUCAAGCCGCCGGCGCCCAAGGUUCAAGUUGAGGAGAAACCAACGCCCGAAGUGGUAGACGACCACGACCACGACCACGGACACGGCGACACACCAGUCAAGAUCCCAAGCCUAAAGGAGGAAAGCAAGGAGAAGGGAUCCUACGAUUUACCUACCAAACCGCCCCCCCUCAAGGGCACCCACGAGAAAGAACAGCCUCCAAAGGAUAAAUCAACAACCACAGCCACGAUCCCCGACCGCCUCCCCGGCUCAGGAAUCGGCUCCCACAACCACGACAACACCCCCUCCGAACCUGAUCUAGAAACCACCUCCACCACAGCAAUCCACUGGACCAAACCCUCGGAAUGGUUCCCCAUCCCCCCCGAAUCCAUCAUCCCCCUCCCCACCGGCAAACCAAAGCCCAUCCCCACCAUCCAGGCCAAAUUCGAGCCCGAAACCCCCCAGGCCAGAGAGAAGCGUGAGCUCCGCCUGGCAAAAGUCAAGGCCGAAGCCCAGCGCGCCUGGCAGGGCUACAAAAUCUACGCCUGGACCCACGACGAGCUCCGCCCCGUGUCAAAAGCCUACCAUGACCCCUUUUGCGGCUGGGCAGCCACGCUCGUCGACUCCCUCGACACGCUCUGGAUCAUGGGUCUCAAGUCGGAGUUUGAGGAUGCUUUGAAGGCAGUUGCGGAAAUCGACUUCACCACCACACCUUACCGAACGGACAUUCCCGUUUUCGAAACGAUAAUCCGUUAUCUGGGGGGGUUGAUUGCGGCGUAUGACAUCUCGGGCAUGAAGAAGGAAUACAAAGUGCUGCUGGACAAGGCGGAGGAGCUGGCCGAGAUCUUGAUGAGCGUCUUUGACACGCCCAACAGGCUGCCGAUCUUGUACUACCAGUGGCACCCGGCGUACAACAUUGCGCCGAAACGGGCGGCGCAGAACGCGGGCGUGGCGGAGCUGGGGAGCAUGAGCAUGGAGUUUACGAGGUUGGCGCAGUUGACGGGGGAGAACAAGUAUUAUGAUGCUGUGGCUAGGAUUACGGACGCGUUUGAGGAGUUGCAGAAUUGGAAGGGAAGGGGAAGGAGUGCGAUUGAGGGGAUUUUCCCGGAGCAUUUGGAUGCCAGUGGGUGCAAUAGGAGUGCGCCUUGGCCGCCGGUUGAUCAGCAGGAGAGGGAGGAUGGGAGGGUUGAUCUUGGGGUGGUGGGGGUUGAUGGGCUGGGGGUUGUUGGGGGGACGGGGGUUAAGGUGCAGAGGAGGGAGGAGGUUGCCAGGGGGGAUGAUGGGGUGGGGGGGAGGGAUCAAAUGACGCCGGGAAGGCCGGGGAAGAAAAAGUUGCCGGACGGGUUUGAGUGUGCUCCUCAGGGGCUGGUGAGUUCGAAUGCUUGGGGGUCGUACGGGAUGGGCGGGAGUCAGGAUUCGGCGUAUGAGUACUUUCCUAAGCAGUAUUUGCUGCUGGGGGGGCUGGUGCCGAAGUACAAGACCAUGCAUGAGAAGACUGUGGCAGCUGUGAAGAAGCAUCUCUUGUUUAGGCCGAUGGCGAAGGGGGAUCCGGAUAUUUUGUUUUCGGCCAAGGCGACGAGCAAAGAUGGGACGGCCGACAGCUUGGACUAUGAGUGGGAGAUUACUCACUUGACUUGCUUUCUGGGUGGCAUGUUUGGACUUGGGGGAAAGAUCUUUGAGAGCCCGGAGGAUGUCGAGAUUGGGAAGAAGCUUGCGGAGGGUUGCUUCUGGGCCUACGAUGUUAUGCCCACGGGUAUCAUGCCUGAGUACGCCAAGAUUAUGCCUUGCAAGUCGGCGACGGAUUGCAAGUUUAACGAGACGGCGUGGCAUGAGCAGUUGGACUAUAGGGCUUCGUAUCGGGCGCAGGAGAUGGAGAGGUAUUACGAGAGCAAGGCUGCUUGGAAGGAGCAGGUGGAGGAGAUUAAGAAGGAGCAGGCGCUGCAGAAGGAGAGGGUGGAGAAGGCAAAGGAGGAGGCGGCGAGACGGCCGGUGGCUAAGAGCAACGCUAAUUCCGACACUGGUGCUGGGUCUGACCAGAAGACUGAGCCUAAGCAGCCGGUACAGCAGCAGCAAGAAGAAAAGCCCCAAGCACGGGAGGGGUCGUUCCCCUCUCGCUUCCAACGCCGCCAGUUGAAUGGAACUUUUAACGAGCCUAGAGGAGCGGACUUGCAAAACAGCCUGGAUCUGAACUCUGCCCCCGUCACAAACACCAACACCAGUGAUGAUGACUGGGCAACAACCUACUCGGACGACGACGACAGCCAAAUCCCCCUUACAGAGUUGACCCUACCCCCGGAGCCAAUCAAACCAAUGACUCACGAAGAGUACAUUGCCGACCGCUUGAAGAAUGAGAUCAUCCCCCCCGGCUUCACCUCUUUGAGCGAUAAACGCUACAUCCUCCGCCCCGAAGCAAUCGAGUCGGUCUGGUACAUGUACCGCAUCACAGGCGAUCCCAAAUGGCAAGAAAAGGGAUGGAAAAUGUUUGAGUCUGUGAUUAAACACACGCAGACAGAGGUGGGACAUUCGGCAAUAAGGGACGUCACUGCCAAGGGUGAUGCGGGCGGGAUGGAUGAUAGUAUGGAGAGUUUCUGGCUGGCGGAGACGCUGAAGUAUUUUUAUCUGUUGUUUGCGGAGCCCGAGGUGGUGAGUUUGGAUGAGUGGGUUUUGAAUACGGAGGCGCAUCCUUUUAGGAGGCCGACGUAGAGGGGGAGAUGGAGAUAUAUAUUA